CCUGAACCUGUCCAAACGCUGUAGCCGCUCGCCACAGGGAGCAUAUAAAAGGUGACAGGACCUAGUUGGGAGCAUCCUGGAAGGCUUCUCUGAGGAAGUGACAUGUGGUGCAAGAUUGGAAGGCUGGUUAGAAGUUGGCCAAGAUAAAAUUAACACGAAAUAGUAGUGGUCCCUACCUUUUCAGAGUGGUUUAUGGUUUGCAUAAGGUUUUCAUAAACAUCCCAUUAGGUCCCAUGAAAUAUCCCCGUAUUUGAGAUGAAGGGAGCUCAGAGAGUUAGAGUGACUGUCCUGGGUCCCACAGCCAGUGAGGGGCACCAGGGCCAGAUGGCAUGAUUCUAAGUCGGGAGAAUUUCCACCACCUCACACUGGCAGCUGGAGGAGGCAGGCAGGCAACCACAGGCUAUUUCCGUCCCUCUUCCCCAAAAGAUGACAGUCGGGAUGCCAGCCCACCUGAGCCUGCCAGUCCCACCAUUGGCCUGGAUAAGAAGACUCGCCGGAAGUUCCUGGACCUGGGGGUCACCUUACGCCGAGCAUCUACUAGCAAGAGCCGGAAGGAUAAGGGCAGCAACCGCCUGUCCAUGGGCAGCAGGGAGUCGGUGGAGGGGUCCAGCAGGUCAGCGGGCUCCCCGUUCCUGCCCUUUUCCUGGUUCACAGACAGUGGCAAGGGCUCGGCGUCCUCUGGCAGCACCACCUCCCCUGCCUGCUCCCCUAAACAUGAGAGCUUCAGCCCUAAGAAGUCAGCUUCUCAGGUAAGUCCAUGGCCUUCUUGCCCCCAUACUGGCCCUGGGGCUCAGAUGACAUGAGAGCAUACUCCACUCUGGCUCGGGCGGGGAUCAGGCAUUCCUAGAGCCCAUUAGUCCUCCAU